AUGUCCGACAUUAUCACGUUUUAUGAUGUACCGGGAAGCUCUGCGAAGGAUAUUGCUUGGAGUUCAAGUGCCUGGAAGGUUAGAUUCGUCUUGAAUAUCAAGAGGCUACCCUACAAGACAAUUUGGGUCGAGUUCCCCGACAUCGCCUCAGUCGCCAAGCAAAUCGGCGCGCCGCAUACAUCCAUAUCUCCCUCCGGUCCACAGUACACCAUUCCUUUCCUUCAAGAUCCCGAUACCGUAUACUCAGAUACUCCUGUCAUUAUCCCGAAAGGUACUGCGGCUCUGCAGAAUGCUUUCUCGGACAUGUUCUUCGAGGAAAUCGGAUAUCCGAUAUACCAGUAUAAUAGCCUACGGUUCAUGCAGCAACUCUCGAACCGCAGCCAAGCCUACUGGAGGAAGGAGAGAGAACCAUAUUUCGGGAUGAGGACCGAGGAGAUUGCGCCGGGGGUUUCGGAGAAGAGGACUGGGUUGUGGUUGGUGGGCUGA